CUUGGGGAGGGUGGCAAUGACAACAGAAGAAAAGUGGGUGCGCAUACGCGGUCUGGAAUGCUGCGGUCACACGUGUCACUAUCGGCGAUGCCGCCAACAGAAGAAGCGACGUUGAGCGGUCUUCAAGCGCAUGUCGUCCCUCGGACCGUCGUCAUGCCAAAAUCCUACACGAAGCUAAACAGGAUUUGCCGAUCCCGCAUAGCUGCAGCAAGCGAUCUGUCGUGCGGCGGCAGUGAAGAAUAUUGCUCGACACGUCUUGCACGGCUGGGUCUUCAAGUCCGGGAACCUCCCCAGAGGUUAAAAUUUGGCUUUCUAGUACGUGCAAGAGCUCGUGGCGACAAGCAUUGCACGUGCUAUGUGUACGACGAGGAGUCGAGUAACAACGUCAGUGCGGCCGUUUGCGCGCACACAAUAGACAUGUCCAUGGACUUGCCACUGUGGUUCGCUGGUGUGAACGUCGAGGACAGGCCUGAGGACGACGACAUGACGGCGUACCAGGAGUCGACCAUCAUAUGCAUCGCACAUGCAUUCCGCGCCGCGGUUCAAAUGGGUGCGAACGUCGACGGCGGCUUCAUCUCACACGAUUGUCUCUCGCGGGUUGCUGACUGCUUCAGGCUUUUGUUGGUGGCCAGCAUGUGGUUGAUGCGCAUGGCGGGAGACAAUCUGCACAGCCACUACGAAGCUUUUUACUUUGCGAAGCUGGUGUCGAAGCCCAUGCUCGUCGCGUUCAUGCAUCGCUCCUUCGAACAUCAACCAUCAGUCGUCCGCGCCACAAACGUCGUUAUGGAGAGGCUUGGGAAGGCAAACACUACCUUGGGAGAGUACCCGAAGUACAUCCCCGAAUGGGUAUCCUGCGACAUUGUCUUCGGGCACGACGCGAGCAUAACAGGGCCAGAAGACGUGAAGAGGCUGGAUUGGUUGGGUUCCCCCCCCCUUGAGGAGGAUGACGACGACGCUGGAAAAGACGAUGCGUAGGGGGGGCGGGGCAGUUUUUCCAAAUGACACCAACAACCGUAUUUGAUUUUCUUUUUAACAUUCGUAGUAAGACAAUGCACACAACCCUUAAGAGCAAACGACGUC